CGCCGCCAAGUCGCUGCCGACUCGUCAGUUCGCUUCAUACAGUACACGACCGCCCUCCCCAGUAUCCAACAGCGCCGUGUUCGGGAUCUGCCUACAGAAGGCUGCAUUGCGUUGCCAGGUUGUCACACACUUGACUUCAACUUCGGGUUACCUUCGACCACGCGGGCAGGCUGCAACUGUGUCACUGAUCCCGUCGCAGUGUGACGUCCGAUCCAUGGAAGGAGAGCAUGCGCAUAGUACUCUCUGUGCUGCCCGCAAGUCUCGUACCACAGUCACGGUCAACGACCUCCCACCCGAUCUUCUCCUCGUCAUCCUUCGCGAUGUAUUUGGUGACGUACUGCGCCGGUUCAAACGGAGGGGGGAUGUCACACGGGAUAAUAUCCAGCUUGUACCCCCACCGCCAUGCGAUCGUCGCAUCACCGACCAUUGGAUGAGCUCUGCAGAGUACCUUGCUUCUGUCUGUCCUCUCUGGCGUGAAGCUAUGUCAAACAUCUCCAUAUUCUGGGCACAACUCAUCAUCUGGACCGGAACGGACCCGACACCGCUCACCAGGAUCCGCCAAUACCUUGCCUGGUCGCGCGACCAGCCACUCCACAUCUACAUCAUGCGGAGGUUCGAUCCGUCGAUGCAAGAUCCCACGGAGAAGGCUCAGAUCAGGGUUAUUCUUGACCUGCUGCUGCCGCACGUUAAGCGAUGGAAGGUCUUGAGCAUUAGGCUCCUUCACUCUAGCUCCCUUCCGCUCCCAUGUGCCGACUUAGUCGGAUACGCGGAGGAGCUAGUUCAACUGAACCUCGACUUCAUUAUCGGCGAUGCGGUUGUGCGCGCCACACCGGACCCGUUGUCUACAGGUACAUUCGACACGCCCGCGCUCGAGGAACUCUCCAUGGGCGGCGUCCACUUCCACGAAGCAUACGUGGAGCCUCUCCGCCGGUCGCUGAUACCACCCAAGCUUCGCUUCCUCACUCUCACCGACUCACACCACGCUCUUGUAGCCUGCCCGAGCGUGGGUCUAGUUCACUUCAUGGACCUCCAGCUCGACGUCUCUUACACUGGACCACCCCUCCCGCGCGCAUACUACUGGGGUGCCGACGUGAGCUUCACCGGCAUGUCCGGAGACGCCGUCGCGGAGUUCAACCGCCUCCUCGACUAUCCCUACCUCGAGUCGCUGUCGUACACGCGCUGCUCGAUGCCCAUCCGCGGCGCAUCCAGCUCUUCUCCCAGCCUGGGGACUGUGAGCGAGUCGUAUUAUCUCACCAUCACUGGGAUCGCGGACCCGGCGACAAUGCUGUACUUCCUCACUCCCUGCUCCGAGGUGUGGAUUCAUGACUCCGAUGGCCUGCAGCCGGCUGUGCUCCAAGCGCUUGCCCAGCCGACGACUACAGAGCACGGCGAGGACGUAUGGGUGUGCCCUGACCUCAGGGGCCUCCAUAUCGUCGGGUGCAGGCAGUUCCGAAGUGCAGACCUGCGGGCGGUCCUCGAAGCGCGCCUCAGGGCACAUGCGGCGACCGGCUUCGCGAUGGAGGAUGAUGUCGGGUAUGUGUUGAGGCCGGUGGCGGACCUCUAUGUAUAUGAUUGUGGCGAGCUGGCUCUAGAGGACAAGCAGUGGUUCGACCAGAAUGUGGAGGCCGUGCGGUGGGAUUAUUGGUCGGGAGGUACACGGUGAUCUGUAAUUUCCUCUAGUCUGCAUGGCCGUGACGCUCUUGAGUGCAUUCGAGACACGUCGUUGCGCGGGUAAAAUUUGGUUAAUAAGUAGUGGUCAAUAUCUACAUGGUAUACCCCGUAUGGAUGUAACAAGCUUGGAUUGGAUUGGAAUGGAAUCAAUCAUACAUACAUAGCAUAUGGCGUGCGCUGACGACGAAGGCGUGAGCCUGGUAUUCCGGUGGAGUCGCGAAGAGCGAAUGGCGGAGGCGUAACUCAGAGAUUGUCGCCGUCGAGAU